UCGUGUGUUUGUGGCCGGGCCCGGGCCGGGGCUCAGCGCUGCGGGCCCGGGGCCGCCGCCGCCGCUGCCGCUCAGCGCAGGGUUUGCAGAGAGCCGGGGCCGCGGCUUGGGGAGUCUCUAGUCCCGGGUCCUGUCCCCCCAGCGCCCUACGGGCUCCUCCCCCGGUCCCUACAGCUCCAGUGACCCCACCCGCUGUAGCGCCCCGACCCUCCGGAGCCAGCCCCUAUAGCACCCCACUGACCUCCAGCCAUCACCCUUAUAGCACCCCACUGGCCCAUAGCCACCCCCCAGCCCUUAUAGCACCCCACUGACCUCCAGCCACCCCCCAGCCCUUAUAGCACCCCACUGGCCUCUAGCCAUCGUCCUUAUAGCACCCCACUGGCCUAUAGGCACCCCCCAGCCCCUAUAGCACCCCACUGACCUCUAGCCAUCACCCUUAUAGCACUCCUCUGGCCUAUAGCCACCCCCCAGCCCUUAUAGCACCCCACUGGCCUAUAGCCACCUCCCAGCCCCGAUAGCACUCUACUAUCCUCUCUGGUACUCCACCAUCUGCUCACCUGCCCCCUACAGCAUUCUGCUAUUAUGCUACCUGACUCCCUCAGCCAUUUCCUUCCUCUGUAGCACGACACUCACUCGCCUAUCCCCCUCCCCGUCAGCCACUCACCCACCCAUUGGCUUCCUCGCUGUCAACAUCUAGCUCCUGUAGCAGGGUGCUGUUCCCUUCCGCCCAAUAUAGCAGCCCCAUUAUUUCCUUCCGUGCAGCUGGUAUCUCUGAAUGAAAGAUGGCUGAGGAUUCUCAGAGAAACUUCCGCUCUGUCUACUAUGAAAAAGUGGGAUUUCGUGGUGUUGAAGAAAAGAAAUCAUUGGAAAUCCUACUGAAAGAUGAUCGAUUGGAUGUUGAGAAGCUUUGCACAUUUAGUCAAAGAUUUCCUCUCCCAUCCAUGUAUCGUAUCCUGGUGUGGAAGGUGCUUUUAGGAAUUAUUCCUCCUCACCAUGAAUCUCAUGCUCUGGUGAUGAAGUACCGAAAGGAACAAUAUAGGGAUGUGUAUCAUGCCCUCCAAGUAAUUCGGUUUAUCAAGGAUUCUACCCCACAGGUUGAAGUUUUCCUCCGCAUGCAUCAACUGGAGUCAGGAAGGUUGCCUCGAAAUUUGGCUUUUCCUCUGGAACCAGAAGAUGAAGUGUUUCUUGCCAUAGCUAAAGCCAUGGAGGAAGUGGUGGAGGAUAAUAUCGACUGCUACUGGCUUGUCAGUAGUUUUGUGAGUCAGUUAAACAACAAAUACAAAGAUUUGUUACCACAGCUGCCAAAAGUUCUUGAACAGUAUUUGAAUGUUGAAGAUAACAGACUUCUGGUGCAUCUGAAGGCAUGCUCUGCAGUGAGCAAACUUCCUUACAAUCUUUGGUUUAAGAAGUGUUUUGCAGGCUGUUUACCUGAAUCCAGUUUACAGAGGGUUUGGGACAAAGUUAUUAGUGGAUCCUGCAAGAUUCUUGUGUUUGUUGCUCUGGAGAUUUUAUUAACCUUUAAAAUGAAGAUAAUGGCCCUGACUAACACAGAGAAGAUCACACAGUUUCUGGAAAAUAUUCCUCAAGAUAACACUGACGCAAUAGUGAGCAAAGCUAUUGAUCUGUGGCACAAACAUUGUGGGACACCGGUACAUUUGGUAUGAGAACUUGCUGCAGUCCUCACGGUUUGGAAGGACGUACCUUCUGAUGGUACUUCCCUAGAUUAGUAUCUGUAGAUGUUAAAUUGUUUCACAUUUGUGCUGUAAAUAUCAUGGUGAUUAAUUUGUAAAUUGUUGCAAUAAAAAUAAAGACUGAGUUGUGCUGUGA